AGCAAGGCAUGUGUGUGGUGAGCGGCAUUUGAAAUACUAAAAAAUAUCCAUACAGACACUAAACACCUGCCCGUUUUCUUGUUCUAUCAGCUGUGAUAUUGGAUAACAGUCGUUUCUCUGGCCGUCAGUUGACAGCAUUGCCACUUUACGCAGGAUUGCAGCGCCCGGCUUUUUAUAAGCAUUCGUGAAUGGAAAACUCCUACAGAAGAGCCGUACAUCUUUUCAAACGUUUCUCAAAUCAUUUACAUUUUUGUGAUUGAUUAGCCGGAGAAGGGAUAGCGUCUGCUUGCAGCUCCUGAGGAAAGAUGGAGACCUUCUUCGCAGAGGGUGCUCGGGUGUGGGUGAAUCAUAAAGAUCAGCUGGUACCGUCAACAGUGAACUCAUGUGGAGAUGGAACCCUUGUACUCACCACAGACUAUGGGGAGGUGGUAUACCUGCAGCAGGCGGAGGUCAACAGGGAGAAGGUGUCUCCCAUGCACCAGAGCAGUAUUGAUGGAGUAGAGGACAUGUCCACAUUGGCAGAGCUCCAUGAGUCCGCCAUCAUGCACAACCUUCAUCAGCGAUACCAGAAAGACAACAUCUAUACUAAUAUAGGCUCUAUCCUGGCAGCUGUGAACCCUUAUAAGCAGAUUGCAGGGCUGUUUGAUCCCUCCGCAGUGGAGCUAUACAGUCAGCAUCAUUUGGGCGAGCUGCCGCCACAUAUCUUUGCUGUUGCCAAUGAGUGUUACCGCUGCUUAUGGAAGAGACAUGACAGUCAAUGUGUGCUGAUCAGUGGUGAAAGUGGAGCUGGAAAAACAGAAAGUACCAAACUACUGCUCCAGUUCCUGUCCGUCAUGAGCCAGAACUCUUCUGGGAUGCCACCUGCAGAGAAAAGCACAUGCGUUGAGCAAGCCAUCGUACAGAGCAGCCCCAUCAUGGAGGCAUUUGGAAAUGCCAAAACAGUCUAUAACAACAACUCCAGUCGCUUUGGGAAAUUCAUCCAGCUUCAUUUCUCUCAAAGUGGGAACAUCCAAGGAGGCUGCAUCGUCGACUAUUUACUUGAAAAGAAUCGGGUGGUAAGGCAGAACCCGGGGGAGAGAAACUACCACAUCUUUUAUGCUUUGCUGGCCGGGGCCAACAAAAGUCAAGACGAGACAUAUUUUCUGGCAGACCCCCCAGAGUCAUUUCACUACCUGAAUCAGUCAGGCUGUGUGAAGGACCGCAGUCUUGAUGACAAGCAGCUUUUUGACGACGUCAUGGAGGCUCUCAAGGUCAUGGAGUUCACAGAGGAGGAGAUCAGAGAUAUGUUCAAACUGUUGUCUGGAGUUCUGCAGCUUGGCAAUGUGGAGUUCAUGACAGCAGGUGGUGCUCAGAUCACAACCCAACAGGUUGUCACUAAUGUAAGUGAUUUACUGGGACUGGACUGUUUCCAGCUGUCUGAGGUUCUGACUCAGCGUUCCAUGAUCCUUAGAGGAGAGGAGAUCUGCUCACCACUCACAGUGGAACAGGCGAUAGAUUCACGAGAUUCGGUUGCCAUGGCACUAUACUCUCAGUGUUUCUCGUGGAUCAUCAUGCAAAUUAAUCAGAAGAUAAAGGGCAAAGACAACUUCAAAUCCAUUGGAAUCCUCGACAUCUUUGGCUUUGAGAACUUUGAGGUGAACCGUUUUGAGCAAUUCAACAUUAAUUACGCCAAUGAGAAACUACAAGAAUAUUUCAACAAGCACAUCUUCUCUCUGGAGCAACUGGAGUAUAACAGGGAAGCCAUUCAUUGGGAAGCCAUUGACUGGAUGGACAAUGCAGAAUGUCUAGAUCUGAUAGAGAAGAAACUGGGCAUGUUAGCUCUAGUUAACGAGGAGAGCCGGUUCCCCAAAGGCACUGACUUCACCCUGCUGGAGAAACUACACAGCAGACACUCUACCAAUCCCUACUAUGUGAAACCCAGACUGGCAGACCAUCAGUUUGGUAUAAAACACUAUGCUGGAGAGGUUUUAUAUGAUGUGAGAGGGAUUUUAGAAAAGAACAGAGACACAUUUAGAGAUGAUAUCCUGAACAUGCUGAAGGAUAGUAGAUUGGAUUUCAUCUAUGACCUCUUUGAGCAAGUGAGCAGCAGGAAUAAUGAGGAGACUCUGAAGAUGGGCACAGCCAGAAGAAAGCCCACCGUCAGCUCUCAGUUCAGAGACUCUCUUCAUGCCCUAAUGGCCACUCUCAGUGUGUCCAACCCCUUCUUUGUGCGUUGCAUCAAACCAAACAUGGACAAGACUCCCAGCAAGUUCGACCCAGAUGUGGUUCUGAAUCAGUUGCGUUACUCUGGAAUGUUGGAGACAGUGAAGAUCCGCAGAGCCGGAUUCCCUGUCCGCCGCACUUUUAAAGACUUCUUCAGCAGAUAUGAGAUAAUCCUGAAGGAUAAAGAAAAGGUGGCCGUGGCUUCAAAUGGAGAUGAGAAGAAGAAGAGCUCAGAUCUACUGACCAUCUACAACCGCACCAAGAAUGAGUGGCAGCUUGGAAAGACCAAGGUGUUCCUAAAAGAGCCUCUGGAACAGAAGCUGGAAAAGGAGAGAGAUGAAGUGCGAAGCCAAGCUGGGCUUAUUAUACGAGCCUAUAUUCUGAGAUACAGUGCAAGAAAGAACUUCAAGAAGUCUCUGGCUAGUAUUGUAACCAUCCAGAAGAACUACCGCGCUCAUCUGUAUAAACAACGGUAUCUACGGAAACGUUCAGCUGCGCUGGUCCUCCAGAAACACAGGCGAGGACAAGUGGCCCGAGGAAUCUGCCGCAAACUACGGGAGGAAAAGCAUAAGAAAGAGGAGGAGAGGAGAAAGAAAGAAGAGAAGAAGACAGAGGGAAAACAAAACAAGAAAGACAAAGAGGAAAAGGAACAAGAUAAAGAGUCUCCAUGCCCUGCUGAGGAAGAGACCCAUCAGAUGGAAGAGAUCCUGCGUUUGGAACGAGAGAUUGAGCGCCUGCAAAAGCAGAGAGAGGACGGCGUGUCCAUGCUGUGCGAGAGCUCCAGACAGGAACUCCGUUUACGCAGAGAUGCCGAGAUUCUGCGUCAGAAAAAACAAGCCUCUCGUGCUGCCACUGAAUUCCUCGAGCUGCUUGACACUGGAGGUCCAGAGGUCAUCCCUGGUGAUCCUAAAAAAUCUGCCUCCAGUCCGGCAAUCACCAAAAAAACUACAGAGGAAGAGGUAGACAAAGGCUUCCACGCGGAGGAAGAGUACAUACCCCUUCCAGAGUUCCCUCCUCCAGCAGAAGGCCCUGUAGAUCAGGAGAUCCUUGCCACACUGGCUCCUCCACCACCUGCUUUUGCCGAAGGCACGGUGGCCUCAUCCAUACCUAAUGCUCCACCUGGGGCUCCUCCACCACCUCCACCUCCACCUCCUCCCCCUCUCCCUGGUGGAUCCAAAGAGGAAGAUGGAAAGCCAGAGGAAGCCAAAUCAGCUAAAGAGGUUGAUGGGAAGAAGGAAGUAGAGGAUGUGGACCGCACCAGCAGGCUGACUGCAGUGGAGCCUCUGCCGGAUACAGAGGAACCCAUCUACAGUGUGCCAGGGGACGAGUCGGACUAUGACCAAGAUGACAUGGAAGAUGGACAGAGCAGCAUCACAGCAACAGACAUAGAACAUGCGCGCAAGUCUACCUGCACUAACGCAAGCCAGGAGUCCAACAACCGCAGCUCAGACUCUUAUGCCGAGAGUGAUGAUGAACAUGAUGGUUAUGUGGACACAGAUGAGGAGGUGUCCAAUGGUAGAGUCAGCAUCUUAAAUGGUAACGGACCUCCAUAUUUCCACAGUUACCUCUAUAUGAAAGCAGGGUUGAUGAUUCCAUGGCGCAGGCGUUGGUGUGUUCUGAAGGAUGAAACCUUCAUGUGGUUUCGCUCCAAGCAGGAGUCAUUUAAGUCGGGCUGGCUGUAUAAGAAGGGUAGAGGUCUGUCCACACUGUCCCGCAGGAAUUGGAAGAUGCGCUGGUUUGUCCUACGGGACUCCAAACUCAUGUAUUUUGAGAAUGACAGCGAGGAGAAGCUGAAAGGGACCAUUGACAUCCACUCAGCCAAGGAGAUUGUGGAUAAUCAUGAGAAGGAAAAUGCUCUAAACAUUGUGACAGAAGAGAGAACGUACCAGGUGUUUGCAGAGUCACCAGAGGAUGCCAGUGGUUGGUUUAAUGUUUUGAGCCGGGUCCACAGUGCAUUACCAGAGCAGCUGUUGGAGAUGUCUCAUGAGCAGGCCAACCCAAAGAACGCAGUGGGCACACUGGAUGUUGGAUUGAUUGACUCAGUAUGUGCUUCAGACAAUCCUGACAGGCCCAAUUCAUUUGUUAUCAUCACAGCCAAUCGUGUGAUUCACUGUAACUCAGAUCUGCCAGAGGAGAUGCAUCACUGGAUCAGUCUGCUGCAGAAAGCCAAAGGAGACUCUAAAAGUGAUGGCCAGGAGUUCCUGGUCAGAGGUUGGCUGCACAAGGAGAUGAAGGCGGGGGCCAAGAGUUCUGCUCUCAAACUGAAAAAGCGCUGGUUUGUGUUGACCAACAAUUCUCUGGACUACUACAAGUCUUCUGAACGCAAUGCAUCCAAGAUGGGCACUCUGGUACUGAACAGCCUGUGCUCUGUUGUCCAGCCUGAGGAGAAAAAGUUUAAAGAGACAGGCUAUUGGAACAUCAUAGUCCAUGGACGUAAGCAUUCAUACCGUCUGUACACCAAGAUGCUGAAUGAGGCAAUGCGCUGGGUGUCCACCAUUCAGGGGGUCAUUGACAACAAGGUGCCCAUUGAAACCCCCACCCAGCAACUCAUUAGAGACAUCAAGGAGAACAGUGUGAACUCUGAGGCUGUGGAACAAAUGUACCGCAGGAACCCCAUCCUCAGAUAUACACAGCAUCCCUUGCAUUCACCUCUCCUUCCCCUGCCCUACGGAGAGGUCAGCGAAAGCUUGCAAAAGGAGAAGGGUUACGGAAGCCUGCAGGAUGAGGCAGUGAAGAUCUUUAACUCACUCCAGGAGAUGGAGAUCAUGUCAGGUCCAAUUGCCAUCAUCCAGGGCAUCCUGCAGACCUGCCACGACCUGCGGCCACUAAGAGAUGAGGUGUACUGUCAGCUGAUCAAGCAGACCAACCACGUGCCCCAACCCAACAGCCCUGCAAACCGCGCUCACUGGCACCUGCUCACCUGCAUGAGCUGCACCUUCCUGCCCAGCCGUGCCAUCCUGCGGUACCUGCGAUUCCAUCUGAAAAGAGUUCGUGAGCGUCACUCCGGCACAGAGAUUGAGAAGUACGCCCACUUCAUUGGUGAGUCCCUGAAGAAGACAAAGACCAGGGAGUAUGUGCCCUCACAGGAGGAGAUCGCUGCCCUGUUGAACAGACAGGAAAUGACAACGACUGUGUACUGCCAUGGAGGAGGAUCUUGCAAGAUAUCCAUUAAUUCACACACCACAGCUGGAGAGGUGGUGGAAAAGCUGAUUCGUGGUCUGGCGAUGGAAAACAGCAGGAACAUGUUCUCUCUCUUUGAACACAAUAAAGUGGAAAGCAGGGCCAUAGAGAGCCGUGUCAUUGUGGCAGAUGUGCUCGCCAAGUUUGAAAGGUUGGCAGGUGGUGAUGAUGAGGAGGAAGAAGGCCCCUGGCGGCUCUAUUUUAAGCUUUAUUGCUUCCUUGAUGUUGAAAGCAUGCCAAAAGAGGGAGUGGAAUUUGCCUUUAUGUUUGAGCAGGCUCAUGAGAGUCUAAUCAGUGGUCAUUUCCCAGCCCCUGAGGAAACCCUCCAGCAUUUAGCAGCCCUGCGUUUGCAGUAUAUCCACGGUGACGUGGCCCGUACGCCCUGGAGCCUGAGUAGCGUGUACCCCGUGGGGCGACUCCGCACACGCAUCUUCCAGUCUACUAAGGCAGGGGGUGCCGGAGUACCCGGGGCAGGUAUAGUCGGGCCAGGAGCUCACACUUUAGAGCGCCGAAAGGCCAACUUCCUUGAUGGGACCCUGAGACGCAGCUUCAAGACGGGGUCACUGAAGAAACAGCGUGUGGAGGAGGAACAGAUGCUGGAGAUGUUUGUUAAGGAGGAGAUGUCAGCCACACUAACCAGUGUGCUGGAGAAAUGGAGCCGUCUGCAGGGGAUGCCUCAGCACCAGGCCAUGCUCAAUUACAUGAUUGUCAUCAAAGAGUGGCCCGGUUAUGGGUCCACAUUGUUUGAUGUGGAGUGUAAAGAAGGUGGUUUCCCUCAUGAUCUGUGGUUGGGUGUCAGUGCUGAAAAUGUCUCUGUGUACAAACGGGGCGAGCCCAAACCACUCGAGACUUUCCAGUAUGAGCAUAUCGUUUUCUUCGGAGCACCUCAGCCCAGCACAUACAAAAUCAUUGUUGAUGAAAGGGAGAUGUUCUUCGAGACGCCUCAGGUGGGUGAAAUGACUAAAAUCAUGAAGGCGUAUAUCAACAUGAUCGUCAAAAAGCGCUGCAGUAUCAUGUCAGUCACCAGCAACAGCAGCGCCUGGAUGAGGUGAUCGAAACCAACCGAUGAGAUCAAAGCGUCCAGCAAGAUGAGUGUGAUGACAGUGGAGUAAACCUCUGACCUGUAUCAUAAGAGAAAGAGAGUGAGAGAGCACAGAGGAACUAGAGACAUCACCUCUCCGACAAUUUAACUGCUGAAAAACUCUUAUCUGUCCUAUGUUCAACAGCACAUCACAUAGUUUAUUUUGUAAUAAUUUUUUCUCUUCAAAGCACAACAAUACGACAGCCUACUCACUGUUCUGUCCCCUCACUGCCAGCACCUUAACUGAUGACCAAACCUAUUUGUUUUCUUGUCUGUUCUCCAUUUGGCUUUUCAUUACAUGCAACAUGAUCACACAGGAAAUCAAUAUGUUGCUUCCCUGAAAUCCUGAAAUCAACCCCAUUUUUCGGAAUUACAGACAAGCGCCACCCCAUCAGAAAAUUGUGCAUUGAUUGAAAUGUGUUUACCUUUUCCUGUGCCGCUACUGAUAGUGUUUUGUGCAAGCAAUCUCCGAGACACUGGUUUUGGUCCCAUGGAAACCAGGAUGUAAUCAAGUUUCCAUUAGCAAUGGUGAACGUGAUUCUGAGGUUGCAUUUUCACUGUAAAAUGACAUUUUUACUCCAUUAA